AUGUCGUCCGAUGUGGCGUACGUUGUCAUCCACGAUGACGUGUCCAAGAAUGCAUGGAGUGCCGCACUCCUCUGCGCAGCGCGGACGGGGCCACAAGACGUCGAGUUUCCCAAGAACGACACGUCGUCACUUGAUUUUGUCUUUUCCGCGCGCAUGUCCGAGUUCCGCAUCACGAAUGGGAAAGCAGAGUACAAACUGCGGUGCUGCGCCCGCUUUGGUAACAAGGCGUACAACCGCAAGCUGUCGACGGAGUGGGAUGUUUGGCGCCGCUACUCUCUCGUCGCGGCCUUGGAUUCGGAAGUGCGCCGCGUCCUCCCGAUGCAAGCGACCCUUCUCCCCCCCCGCGCCUUGUGUGUCGGUCGUUGUUUGGCACGCCGCAUGGCUCGCGCCGGCUUGGACACAUACGUUUGCAACGUAACUCAGUACUACCAUCCAUGUAAACGAAUGUUGACAGGCUGCGGCCACGUCUGCGACCUCCGUGACUCAGUCGUGUUCUUUCAGAGUGGGGCGAGCGCAUUCCUCAACGAGUGUUCCGUUCGAAUGCUCGACUACAUCCAUCUGCAGGCGCUCGUUGAUUUCGACGCCUAUUGCAAGCAAGAAGACGCAGAAUUCAAAAAGGAGGAAGCUCCGAGCCGCCAGAAAUGUACGCUGACCCAGACAAAGAAGAAGCCACAAACGCCGCCGACGCCUCCUCCAGUUGAACCUUCGUCCCCCGCUGUACCAAGUUCCAAAGACAACCCCAUCGAGCGAAACUCACCUUGCGAAAACAAGAACGCCAAGUUGAACAAAGGGACGAGAGGCGCCGAGGGGGCAUAUGACUUGCUCGCUGUGGCGGCGAACACAGAGCCAACCACGACCGAGACAAUGCCAGCAACGUCCACUUCAUUUUCAUCGUCCCCUCCACGCCCCGAUCGAAGCAACCUCCUGGCACAGAUUCAACAAGAGAUCAAGUUCAAGGGCGUCGGAGCCUGA